GGUGACGUUAUAUCCGCGGCGUUUCGUUUUGCAUUUCGCGCACGAAGUCAAGUGUCACCAGGCUCUAACAGACACAGAAAGAGUUUCACACUGAGCCGCCAACCAUGGCCAACCAAUCAAUAGACAUUGUGACAAAGGUUUUGGAGCAGUCAGCCAAGCUGGUAGAGGAGAAGCUGGAUGCACAGUUGAGCAAAAUGAAUGAAAUGGAUGAAGACGAUUUGGAGAGACUGAAGGAGAGGCGAUUAGAGGCGCUGAAGAAAGCCCAGAAACAGAAGCAGGAGUGGUUGUCUAAAGGCCACGGAGAGUACAAAGAAAUCCCAAGUGAGAAAGACUUUUUCGGCGAGGUCAAAGAGAGCAAGAAUGUUGUCUGCCACUUCUACAGAAAUUCCACUUUCAGAUGUAAGAUCCUCGACAAACACCUGGCUAUCUUGGCAAAGAAGCACGUCGAGACCAAAUUCAUCAAGCUGAACGUGGAAAAGGCCCCGUUUCUGACAGAGAGGCUGCGGAUCAAGGUCAUUCCCACGCUGGCCCUUGUAAUAGACGGGAAAACAAAGGACUAUGUGGUCGGAUUCUCUGACCUGGGAAACACAGACGAGUUUCCUACAGAGAUGCUGGAAUGGAGACUCGGCUGCGCAGAUGUCAUUAACUACAGUGGGAACCUGAUGGAGCCACCUACAGUGACGCAGAGGUCGGGCACAAAGUUCACAAAGGUGGAGAAGAAAACCAUCAGAGGUCGAGGUUACGACUCAGAUUCUGACUCUGGAGACGACUGAAAAGCUCCGACAGUCGUCUGGUUUUCUCUCUCAGGGCUACCUCUUUAAAAAGUCUAGCAGACAGCCCGCUUUACUUUCCCUUCUCUCAGUGACUUACCCAUUCAUAACAAAUUUCCAUAUUUUAAUUUACCAUCUCUCUUUUAUAUAAAGCUUUUUUUUUCCAUUCCCGCCUUAUUUAAUGAAUUGUCUGCCAUGUUUUAUAUUUGAAUAACAAAUAAAAAAUGACAGACAAGGAAACAUUACACUUCAAAUUGUAGAUGCAGUCUGUGUCGCUGAGCCACCAAUCAUGUAUCAACUAGCUCUUAGCUUUAUCAUCUGUGAUUCUGUCUCCUCAUGAACCUUUGUCUUGAAUUUCCAGCGAGCUCAUUUAGCUCACUCUGUUGUGAGUCUGAUGUUAGAACAGAAACCAUGAUGCAUGAGUGCCAAGAUCAUCUUGAGCAUCAGAAUACAUUUUUACACGACAUUUCCUUGUAGCAAGAGUUUGACUUGACUAAUACAGACUUAAUAAAAAACAUAAAAGGAAUUUAAA